CAAAAAGCUGGCAAACAUUGGGCAAAUAAACUCUCAACACAAAAUUCUCAUUCCAUUUCCAUCACCCAAAAGCCACUAUUUCUCCCCCAUCUCAACACUCUCUCUCCUCACAACACCUGAAAAAAAGAGAAAGAAAUAUGGCUCAGAAGAGAGAGAAAGAGGAGACCGAGAAGCUCAAACUCCCCGAAUUCCUAACCUCAUCCUCUUGCACCACCCCGAUUCCUCCUCCGCCGAAGCUCCCCGCCACCGAUGACCUCAUCUCCACCACCACGCCGAGGUCGCCGGACAACUCGGAUCCGCCGCCGGAUCUGACGAUCUGUACGCCUCCCAAGGCAGAUCCUUCGCCGGAUAGAUCGGAUCGGAAUAUGCGGGCUUCGGAUAAAGCGGUUGUGCGUAGAAGGUUGGAGGUGAACCGGUGCGCCGGAUGUCGGAGGAGGGUAGGGUUGACCGGAUUCCGGUGCCGGUGCGGCGAGCUGUUCUGUCCGGUGCACCGGUACUCGGAUCGGCACGAGUGUAGUUUCGAUUACAAGGCCGCCGGCAGGGAGGCGAUCGCGAGGGAAAAUCCGGUGGUCAGACCGGCGAAGAUUCUCAAAGUUUGAAGAAAUGAAAAUCUAGAGAGAGAUAGUAUAAGAUAUAGCGUUAACCUUCCUGUAUUUUUAGAGGGUUGAAUGAAAAUGUUGAUUGUUGGAGGGUCUGUUUCCUAAAUUCCACUAAGGAAUAAGGGUAUUAAUGUCAUUUUGUUCCACUGGAAUGGAAAUGUCUCUUUUCUUAUUUAUUUAUUUAUUUAUUUUUGGUUAUUUCCA